GUAAAUAAGUGAUAAGCAUGCGUUCUCUAAGUAAUUUUACUAUCAUUCACUAUCAAAGGAAACAGCUUAUAAAACAUUUUAGUGCCAUGGCAAAUCCAUUAAUUGCAGUAUGUCAAAUGACAUCAACAAAUGACAAAGAGAAAAAUUUACAAACUGUACGUGAACUUGUUGAGAAAGCUAAGUGCAGAACAGCUUGUAUUGCAUUUUUCCCUGAAGCCUGUGAUUAUUUAGCGGAUAAUAAAAAAGAUAUAAUAGCUAUGGCUCAACCUUUAAAUGGACCAACAGUAGCAAACUAUAAAGAAAUUGCAAAAAUGAAUAAAAUUUGGUUGUCAUUAGGUGGACUACACGAAUCAUUAGAUAACACUGGAAAUCAUAUAAGUAAUACACAUAUUGUAAUCAAUAGUGAAGGGGAAAUUGUCAGUACUUACCGGAAAAUACAUUUAUUUGAUAUGGAUAAUAAAAAUACUGGAGUCAGAUUAAUGGAAUCUGAUUAUGUUUUACCAGGAAAAAAAAUUGAACCACCUAUAUCUACACCAAUUGGUAAAUUAGCACUCAGUAUUUGUUAUGAUAUGCGUUUCCCUGAAUUAUCUCUGUCAUUGAGAAAUAUGGGAGCAGAAAUUCUUACAUAUCCAUCAGCAUUUACAUAUCAAACAGGAGCUGCACAUUGGGAAAUAUUAUUACGUGCUAGAGCUAUAGAAACACAGUGUUAUGUUAUUGCUGCUGCUCAAACUGGUACACAUAAUAAAAAGAGAGUGAGCUGGGGUCAUGCAAUGGUUAUUGAUCCAUGGGGAACAAUAAUAGCACAAUGUAGUGAUAAAACUGACAUGGCUUUAGCAGAGAUUGAUUUGAACCUAUUACAACAAAUUCGCCAAAAUAUGCCAUGCGAAAAUCAUCAUCGAACAGACUUAUAUCCUAAGAUAGAACCUUUGUAA